AUGAAAGAAUUAGUAAAUAUAGUGGAGGUAUUAAAGACAGAUUAUACUGAUAUUGUAAAGGAUGUUAAAAUAAUACAAGAGACUCAUAACUAUAUAAAUCUAAUAGCAUAUAUAAAGAGGGAUGAUUGUAUAGAAAAGUUUGUAUUAACACUAGAUUCUAGAGGUUUUAAGAUUUUAAAAGGUAAAUUAGACAAUUUAGAAGGAGAAAUAUAUGAAAGUAUAGAGUCAUUAUUACAAACAAUAACACCAAAUAAUUGGAUAAAAUAUAUAGAAGAUUUUCUAAGAAAAAUUGUAAAUUAA